AUGACUGGAGCCAAAGAGGCACAUCAGAUUCGACAUCAGAACUCGAAGCUCUUGUACUUCUGCAAGGAAAAUUCUGGCAGCAUCGGGAAAGGAAUGGCAGUCUCCAUUUUCUUCAAACACACUUUCACAUCGCGAUGCCCCAGGAUGCUCCGCAUGGUCUCUUGGGGGCUCAUGGACGAUGGUCGCCGGAGGUCGCCGGCAAUUCCUUCCCGCGUCCGCGUUUCGAAUCCUUCAAGGGGGGCGUCGCCGAAGUCCUCCAAGGCGCGGGAGGGAAUUCUAGCCCUGCACGGGCGGGGGCGACCACCAGCAUCUUCUUCGCGAUCCUGA